CUUUAAAACUAAAUUGAAAUUUCUUUAGAACAGUCAGUAAAGGAGGCAACUUUACCUUACCCAUUUCCAGGAAAACUUGAAUUUCAACUUUGUUUCACAUUUCUGAUGACCGUAAGGUAACUAUUUGAGUGAAAAAGAGUUGUGGGUAUGAUGCAAAAUUCAAGUUUACAGGGAAAUACAGGCGGUGCCACCGCCAACAGGGAGAGCGGGGAGGAAGGUGGUGAUGAUGGGUUAGGGGAGAUAGGGGGAGUGAAAACUGAAGUUAGUGACCGGAAUUUUGCGGGCAAUCGGUGGCCGCAGGAAGAAACGUUGGCUUUGUUGAAGGUAAGGUCGGAGAUGAGCAGUGCGUUUAGGGACCCCGGUGUCAAGGCUCCUCUUUGGGAAGAGGUUUCCAGGAAAUUGUCUGAGCUUGGAUAUAACCGCAGUGCAAAGAAAUGCAAGGAGAAGUUUGAGAACAUCUACAAGUACCAUAGGAGAACCAAAGAAGUUCGAUCCUGUAGAUCAAACGGGAAGGCUUAUAAGUUUUUUGACCAAUUAGAAGCUUUAGAGGAUCAUCAUUCUUUACUUCCACCACCAUCUUCUGAUGAAAAAAUGAACUUUGAAGUUCAACCUAUAAGUAUUUUCUAUGAUGCUAUCCAAUGUUCUGCGCAGAACCUUGCCUCAGAUUUCAAUGAUGCUUCUACUUCAACUACCUCAUCAAGCAGGGAAUUGAUUAGAGCACAAAAGAAGAAGAGGAAAUUGGUGGAUUUUUUUGAGAGGUUGAUGAGGCAAGUGAUAGAGAAGCAAGAGAAUUUUCAGAAGCAAUUUUUGGAGGCAAUGGAGAAGCGUGAAAAGGAUAGGAUAGCUAGAGAGGAAGCAUGGAGAAUAGAAGAGUUGGCUAGGAUUGAGAGAGAACGUGAGCUUUUGGUUCAAGAGAGAUCAAUUGCAGCAGAAAAGGAUGCUGCUGUGCUUGCACUUCUACAAAAGUUUUCAGGGCAAUUAGGCUCAGUGCAAUUGCCCGAGAACCCACUUCCAGUGGAGAAAGUUGUUGAGAGGCAAGAAAAUAGUAAUGGUGGCGAAAGUUACAUGCCCAUGGGUUCUUCUCGGUGGCCUAAGGAUGAAGUGGAGGCUUUGAUAAGAGUAAGAACUGAUCUUGAAUUGCAGUAUCAAGGAAAUGGACCUAAAGGCCCUCUGUGGGAGGAGAUAUCAACAAGAAUGAAAAGGCUUGGUUACAAUCGUAGUGCAAAGAGGUGCAAGGAGAAAUGGGAAAAUAUGAACAAGUACUUCAAGAGGGUAAAAGAAAGCAACAAGAAAAGGCCUGAGGAUUCAAAAACAUGCCCUUAUUUUGAGCAGCUAGAUGCUUUAUACAAAGAGAAGAGUACGAAGAUUGAUGGUUUUGUUAAUUCUGGUUAUGAAUUGAAGCCUGAAGAACUCUUAAUGCAUAUGAUGUCUACACCAGAGCAACAACAACCAGAGUCAGCAGCAGACAACAGGGAAAGUGAAAAAGUUGAUCAGAAUCAUGAAGAAAAUGGAAACAAUGAAGAGGAAGGAGAUAUUUAUCAAAUAGUAGUAAAUAAUCCUUCUCCAAUGGAAAUUAUUGGAUGAUGAGAAUAUCCUGAUCUUUGUUUUGGGAGGUAAAUUACUUGCUCCUAAAUUUUGAGGGUCAGUGUCUAUGUGGGGGCGAAAUUCCAGUUCCUUAUAGCUGGUUUUCAUACCGGAUGGAAGCAUCAGUUGGGUACUAAUUCAUACCCAGGAAAAAAAAAUUCUAUCUACAUGUAAACGUCGAUGACUUGUGGUGUAAACAUGUGAGAUAGGGGAAGUCGAAAAAGAGGGAGGAUGGUGUGUGUAGUAUAUGUUAAUACUUACUGUUCUUCAAAGGUUAGAUAUUCCCAGGUAUGCAAAGGUGGGAAAUUGUUGAUUGUUUUUGUAUUAGUCAAUGUAAGACCACCAGCAGCAGUAACUCUGCAAUGAAAGGUUUGCAAUUCUUGGCUUAAGUAACUCUACAAGUACCCAAUUACCUCACCUGUAUGCCAAUGGCAAUAUGAUUUGCAAGGAAAAAGAUUGGACAUCAUAUCUGUGCAUCUCUAUUUGCAUGGUUCAUAUUUAUGAUUCUUGCCCAAGCUUUCCCUCGAU